AUGGAGCCAAUAUACGAGACUGCGAGCAUUAAUACCCAGGUCCGAGGCCAAAAAUCCUCUUUAAUCACCGCCCUUCCAAUUGAUAUUCUGGUCUAUUUGCUCGAUAACUUUCUACAUCUCGGAGACUUGAGAAAAGACAAGUUAGAAUGGGACGAACCCUGGGGGGCGCAUGCCACGAAUGAAAGCUUCCAAAUCAUUCAAACCCUGCGCCAAGUAUGUCGCCUAUUCCACGACCUCGUAUCGCCGUUCUUGUGCAGGAGACUACGUAUCCAUCUCGAUCCACAGUCAUUGGACCAGGCUCGCGGCAUAUUGAGGAAUCGGGCCAUCGCCUCUGGCGUCCGAGGCGUCCAAGUCGCAAUCCCGUACCGGCCUGAGGAGCUUGCUUCGAGCCUGUCCUCGUUCGUGGACGUUCGCCUUAGAGAACUGGGACAAGUGUACCAUCACAUCAUGUAUAUUCUAGACGGACGAUGGAUGAACGGUGAUCCAGAGGACUCGCAAGACGAAGAGUCAUUCCCACGCGAGAGGAAAAAUUACCAUGAUAUUCUGUUUACUUGGCGACCUCGCGAAGCCAGCACCGAUCAAGAUGGAGCAGACCCUGAAUCAGCAAAUACUUUUGUGCAUCAAAUUGAGCCCGCAGUGCGUGACGAGUAUAGACAAAUUCUACUCCAAGGUCACGAAAUCUUCAAGGAAAGACACGAAGCCCAAAAGAAACUUAUUGAGACUGGGCUUUUCGUGGAGACUAUCGCACAUUUGAUCCGCCAAAUACCCAACACGGUGUCUUUGAGUGUGGUAGAUGGGUUCACAUCCAGGCGUCUCCAAAGGAGAGACAUGUCCUUGCUCAUCAAUAAGGAAGAGCUCCUACCUUUUUUGACCUCCCCAUUCGACUGGUCGGAACUUGGGUUCAUGCCAAAUCCACCAGAACUUGUUCCAGCUCGGAUUCUGACUGAGCUCCCGAUAGCCAUCCACAAAUCGGGGCGGAGUCUGCGGCAUCUCCAUAUCGGCUGCAUCCCAGUCCAACAUGGUUUCGAGCAGCUUGAUCCAGGUACAGAUGGCUUUUCAUGGGCCCAACUGCGGGAGGCCUGUCAGCAGCUGGAGGUGUUUAAUCUUGAGGGCCCCCAGAUGCAUCAUCUUCCCUAUCGACCAGAGAGUAUCCCUCUUCCUAGUAGACAGUUCCUCGUGGAGUUCUUCAGCGCAAUCAUUUCCAGUAACAAGCUUCAAGACGUCCGUCUCAAUUUUUACUGUCUUGGUGUGUGCGAUGGCAGAACUAACAGGAGAGAAUGGUGUCCCCUAGGUGCCAUCUUUCGAUCCAUAUCCUGGCCAAGCAUUCGAAAGGCCCGGAUCUCGGAUAUAGGGUUCUCACUAGACGAACUUGACCAGCUUUUCUUAGGGCUUGGCUUUGGUCUUGAGAGUCUGUCUUUGGUCUCCUUUCAGUUGAGCGGUGGGAGCUGGGUAAAUGCCAUAGAUAUGCUACAAGAGAGAAUCGCUCCCCGAUACGCGACCCAAGAGUUUUUCUUUCAUUUUGCGGACAUGACGGGGGGUGAGUUCGGGGAGGGAAAGAAGACGUGUCUAGCGAAGACGUUCAAUAUGACGAUGCAGCCAGCCGUCCAAUUGAGAGAUCUCUCUCCCGCUGCGGCCCGGGAGCACGACUCUUCCAACACCAUGCACGAUGCAUUUGAAGCUAGCCAAGAUGAAGGAUUGGCUACAAGAGCGAGAGAGUCAAAUCGCCAAAAGGCUCUCGUGAUCUUGGGCACCGCCAUCUCGCAGCUGCCAAUUUGGGGCUUUGCGAUGAGCUAUGGUGUUUUCCAGGAAUACUUCUCUGGUAACUGGACCCUGCAAGGCAGUCGAGACGUGACCGGUAUCAUUGGAACGACCUCCAAUGGUGUCAUGUACCUGUCCAUGCCCUUCUUGUUCGCCCUGUUCACCAAACACUGGGCUCAUUGGCGACAAACCGCCGCCUUUGCUGGCGCCGUGCUCGCCGGUCUCGGGUUCCUGUUAUCGUCCUUUAGCACCCACGUCUGGCAUCUCGUCGCUACCCAAGGUGUCAUCGCUGCUCUGGGAUGCGCUCUCAUGUACAGCCCCAUGACGCUGUCUCUCGGGGAGUGGUUCACCACAGGUAACAGGGCCCUCGCGUACGGCGUCGCUCUCUCUUGCAAGAACAUCUCCGGAGCCGCCUGCCCGUUCCUCUUCCGCUUCCUCCUCGAGCAGUACGGCCUCGGCACUACGAUGAGAAUAUGGACGGCAAUAGCCGCCGUCUCCGGGGCCGUCUCCAUCUUCCUCGUCCCGGCACAUCCAUCCAGCUUGACCGCGACGGAGACGCACCGCGCGCGGAGAAUGCCGCUGCACUUCCUCAGGCACAGGACCAUCUACGUGUACGCCAUCGCCAUCGCGCUCCAGAGCUCCGGGUACGGCAUCUCCCAGACCUACCUCAACACGUACGCCCAUGACUUCACAAUGCUCUCUCAGAACUCCGCCACCUUGCUCCUCACGCUGUACAACAUCCCUGGAAUUCUCGCGUCGUCCUUCUUCGGGUAUCUCGCCGAUACGAACAGGCGAUUCGUCCUCUCCACGACGACCGUCACGGCGAUAUCGGCUUUUGGCUCCGCCCUGUCAGCUCUCCUCUUCUGGGGUCUGACGAGCAAGGGCAACAUGGCGCUCCUGGCGGUGUUUUCCAUCACCUUUGGCUUCUUCGCGGGGGGGUACAGCGCGACAUGGGGCGGCAUCAUCACUGAUUUCGAGCGUGAGGCCGCCAACGGGAACGAGGCCAUCGAUUCAGGGCUGAUGUACGGCCUGUUGAACGGGGCCCGGGGCGUGGGCUACGUGAGCGGUGGGCUGGCCAGUGUGUCGCUGCUCAAGGCCGGGACCGGCAUGGCGCUCUCCUCGAAUGGGCAUUUCGGCUUGGAGAGCGCUUAUGGGCCGCUGAUUAUCUUCACGGGGCUUUCAUCCGCCUUUGGUGGGUGGGCUGUGUUUUGGAAGUGA